AUGGCAGAAGGCUUAAUAGAGAGAUGUACUGCCUAUGUGAUAAACCACGAUGAGGUGGACCACGGUGAGGUAAACCACGAUGAGGUGGACCACGGUGAGGUAAACCACGAUGAGGUGGACCACGGUGAGGUAAACCACGAUGAGGUGGACCACGGUGAGGUAAACCACAAUGAGGUGGACCACGGUGAGGUAAACCACGAUGAGGUGGACCACGGUGAGGUAAACCACGAUGAGGUGGACCACGGUGAGGUAAACCACGAUGAGGUGGACCACGCUGAAACAGAGGAACACUUCUGUACCAUAGCUGAAACAGAGGUACACUUCUGUACCAUAGCUGAAACAGAGGUACACUUCUGUAUCAUAGCUGAAACAGAGGAACACUUCUGUACCAUAGCUGAAACAGAGGUACACUUCUGUACCAUAGCUGAAACAGAGGUACACUUCUGUAUCAUAGCUGAAACAGAGGAACACUUCUGUACCAUAGCUGAAACAGAGGUACACUUCUGUACCAUAGCUGAAACAGAGGUACACUUCUGUAUCAUAGCUGAAACAGAGGAACACUUCUGUACCAUAGCUGAAACAGAGGUACACUUCUGUACCAUAGCUGAAACAGAGGUACACUUCUGUACCAUAGCUGAAACAGAGGUACACUUCUGUAUCAUAGCUGAAACAGAGGAACACUUCUGUACCAUAGCUGAAACAGAGGUACACUUCUGUACCAUAGCUGAAACAGAGGUACACUUCUGUAUCAUAGCUGAAACAGAGGAACACUUCUGUACCAUAGCUGAAACAGAGGUACACUUCUGUACCAUAGCUGAAACAGAGGUACACUUCUGUACCAUAGCUGAUACAGAGGUACACUUCUGUACCAUAGCUGAAACAGAGGUACACUUCUUUACCAUAACUGACACAGAGGUACACUUCUGUACCAUAGCUGAAACAGAGGAACACUUCUGUACCAUAGCUGACACAGAGGUACACUUCUGUACCAUAGCUGACACAGAGGUACACUUCUGUACCAUAGCUGACACAGAGGUACACUUCUGUACCAUAGCUGACACAGAGGUACACUUCUGUACCAUAGCUGACACAGAGGUACACUUCUGUACCAUAGCUGGCCCCUGGUGUCUCUACACAGAGUUAUAA